AUGUUAGCCAUGGAUGUAGCACUUUCUCCCAUGAGGACACAAGAACUGGAUCCCAUGCCGUCUGAUGCAUCUCCCAUGCUUAUAAACAUGACUCCUACAGUGGAACAAGAUGGGGAAGGGGACGUCAUGAAGGAGCUUGAUUCUGGCCAGCAGUAUGAAAAGCCUCCUCCUCUACACACUGGGGCCGACUGGAAGAUUGUUCUCCACUUGCCAGAAAUUGAGACCUGGCUUCGGAUGACGUCUGAAAGAGUCAGGGAUCUGACCUACUCUGUCCAGCAGGACUCGGAUAGCAAACAUGUGGAUGUGCAUCUAGUACAGCUAAAGGAUAUUUGUGAAGAUAUAUCUGACCAUGUUGAACAAAUUCAUGCUCUACUAGAGACUGAGUUUUCCCUGAAGCUUCUGUCUUACUCUGUCAAUGUGAUAGUUGAUAUCCAUACAGUACAACUACUCUGGCACCAGCUACGUGUUUCUGUUCUGGUUCUGAGAGAGCGUAUUCUCCAGGGACUACAAGACGCCAAUGGAAACUACACCAGGCAGACUGAUAUUCUGCAAGCAUUUUCUGAAGAGACUAAGGAGGACCGUCUUGACUCUUUAACUGAAGUUGAUGAUUCUGGACAGUUAACCAUCAAAUGUUCUCAAAAUUACUUGUCGCUGGAUUGUGGUAUUACUGCAUUUGAACUAUCUGACUACAGUCCUAGUGAGGAUUUGCUUGGUGCUCUGGAUGAUAUGACCUCCAGUCAAGGGAAAGUGAAAUCAUUUGAAUCCUGGAAUUACAGUGAGAUGGAAAAGGACUUUCCAGGACUUAUCAGAAGUGUGGGUUUACUUGCAGUAGCAACUGAUUCCAUUGCUUCCCAGUGUAAUGAAGCAUUAAAUGAGAAAGAAACCUAUGUACCUCUUUCAGCAGAAGAUGGAGAAGAAAGCAAAGACAGGAAAACACCACAUGAGCUCUCACUAGCAUCUUCUUCUCCCAACUCCUCUCUUUCCAAAGGACCUUGCUCUGAAGAUGGUGUUUUACCUACUGACAGCAAACCAGUUUCCACAUUAAAAAAAACAGAAUGCAAUCUACCACAGCACACCAGUGAAAAAAUCAAACACACUCACUGUGAAAACUCAACUCCUAAGAGAUCCAUAAGAGACUGCUUUAACUAUAAUGAAGACUCCCCUACUCAGCCUACAUUGCCAAAAAGAGGUCUAUUUCUGAAAGAUGAUGUGUUUAAAGAUUAUAUGGAAGCCAAUGAUUUAAAAAGGCAAAUCUCCCAGAUAGUUAAAAAUGAAAUGAGUAGAAGUACACCUUCAUUGUUAGAUCCACCAGACAGGUCCAAGCUUUGCCUAGCUUUACAGUCACCCUACAAUAACAGUCCAUCUGCAGUUAGUCAGUCAUACGAUUGCUUGAAUAAAAUAGGUGAUAGAAAUAUUGAGUACACAAUAAAUAAUCGCUUUAAGGACAGUCCCAUAAGUCUAGGGAAGUCUACUUUCUACACCUGUAAAGAAAAAUCAAAGCACAAGAAGGCUCAUGACGGUCCAGAGAAAUUGAAAACUGGCGGAACACCUGGAGGUGUGUCUAAAAUGGUUCCACCAGUACAAGCCAAAAAAAGAGGACAUUCUUCUCUACAAAAUGGAAUUACUUCUCAUAACUGUCAGUCUCUGGAGGAGACAGAAACAGAUUCUUCUGCAUCAUCAGAUUCUUGUAACCAGAGAGACCCAAAUGGGCAAUCACAAGUUAAAAUCGAGCCUUUUAGUUCACCAACAUGUAGCCAAAAAAGUGCUUCCUCAGCUGCUUCUGAGUUUACCAACUCAUCACCACUUCUACUGAGAAGAAAGAAUAAUAAAAACUUCUCCUCAACACCAAGCUAUACUCAAAAAAAUAGUAAAGAUGGUGAGGUCUGGUAUGGAUCUGACGAAUAUUUAGCACUUCCUUCACAUCUCAAACAGACUGAAGUAUUAGCUUUAAAACUAGAAAAUUUGACAAAGUUACUGCCCCAAAAGCCCAGAAGAGAAACUAUUCAAAACAUUGAUGACUGGGAGCUGUCAGAAAUGAACUCAGAUUCAGAAAUGUAUCCAACGUACCAGACAAAAAAGCACAAAAAAAUGGGUAGAAUUUCACCAAGCUCUUCAAGUGAUAUAGUAUCCUCCUUAGGUGACAGUAUUGAAUCUGGGCCUCUCAGUGAUAUUCCUUCUGAUGAAGAUCUUUGUAUGCCUGUAUCUUGCAUUAAAAAAUACGUUGAGGAAAAGUCAGAAAGGACUGCUGUCACUCAGCCCACUGAGAAUGAGACUUCUGCCUCAAACAAAUCAGCUUUAAUUCAUCAACUAAUGCAAGAUAUACAACAUCAAGAGAAUUAUGAAAGCAUAUGGGAAAAAAUUGAGCUGCAGUUCAGUCCUGCCAGGACGAAGGAACAGGAACCAGCUGUAACAACCAGCUGCAGCUGUAAACAUGAGCUUCCUCUCCAUACCCAUCCUCUCCUCACCUACUUUAGAGUGUGGAUUGAGCUCCUGACACCAAUUAAAGGUCGUUAG